AUGGCAUCGCACCCCACUUCGAGCAAGAUGGUGUUGGAGGCUGUGGAGAGUUUGAACGACGGGCGACAAGGAUCCUCCCUCCAGGCGAUCAAAAAAUUCAUUCUCUUGAAUUUCGAUGUGGAUAUGAAGAUCAUGGCGCCCCACAUCCGGAAGGCCCUGAAGAAGCACGUGGAGGAUGGGAACCUGGUCCAGACAAAGGGUAACGGUGCCAGCGGAUCGUUCAAAUUUCCUCCUAAAUCUAAGAAAGCGUCAUCAUCCUCUGCAACUACGGGUGGAAGUGGAGAGAAAAUCAAAAUUGCAGGGCCGUCCAAGAAGAAGAAAUGA